GGAUAAUCUCAGAAGCUGACCACGCAGCAAACAAACUCUGUGGGUGCUGCUCUGAAGUCAGUCACUUUGCUGUUGCUAUUGCCACAAAUGACACAGGCCACCGGUGAGCUGAGCACCUUAUCGUCGAGUCAGUGAACAAGUCAGCCAGAAUCUUGCUUCAGCACUAAACCAACUGCUCGACAGGCAACAAGAGAGAGAGACGGCACUCAGUGGAGAGACAUUGUUGAUAAUUCAAUAUGUGUACCUCUAACUGGGGAGAUGACCUGGAAUUAAAUAUCCAUUUGAGAGAUAAAAGACAGGAAACGGAGGUAAAAGCGGUUUGAGGAGAAAUGAUGAAAUGAAAGUAAGAGGACAAAAAAAGAAAGACGCAACGCACCAGUGAGUAGGAAAUUGCAUGUGGGAGGAGAGUGGAAAAAUUUUAGGGGGGGAAGAGUGUGUGUGUGAGGGUGUUUCCUGUGUCAGAUUUGUGCAUGGGUGUUACCAGGAACCAGGUAACCAGGGACAGCCCUACAGACCACGUCUCGUGGGGAUAUGAGGGGAGCGACUUAAUCAGAAAUGACUACAACUGGAGGGGGAAAAAUCUGCACACACAAAGCACUCUUUCUCACGCCGGCAUGGUCUCAAGCUCGAAGAGUACAGCCUGCGAGGUUACUACCUGCCAGAAAUAAAAGCAACAAAGCUGAAUUUAGCUGAAAAAAACAAACAAACAAAAAAAAACACUUGACAGAAGCGACUCCUGCUGCUGUUGUUGCUGAUGAUGAUGGAAUAAUUGGUAAUAAUUGUUCUCGGACUCUGGAUGGAUUGUAGUAACAAGCUCGGAGAAUGAAUUUAGUCAUCAGUGAUCAGAACAGGCACUGAUGUCUAUAAUGUUCACUUGUUCAACCUUGGGCCCUACAGAGUGAACUGCCUCAAAGCAGUACGUUUUCUAGAAUCGACGAAAAGACCAGAACUACUCUUUUGGAUUUUUCCACCCGCAAUUUCGUUUUCACAGCAGCAAUUGCGACGCACGUGGAGCAGAGCAGAGUCAUCGGCUCCCGACGGUGCCCGAAAUGCUGUCGGGUCAGGCUCGUGCCAAAUCUCUCUCUCUUUUUUGUUUUUUUGGAAGAUCGGUCUCGUUAGGACUCGGCCUAAUCUCUCUCCUUUCAUUGUGCCUAUAAACUCCAUGCUGAGUCCAGCGCUCUACUGCAAAAAACCAACCUGGUGGUCUUUAUUGAAGGAGUUUUAUCUGAGGUCCUGCUAUCUGGAUACGUUGAAGCAAGGCUAUUAUGUGCAAGCUUGACUGGAAGAAAUGCAGCUUCCUGUUGUGCCUGGGGAUGAGUAUUAUCUGUUCAGCCAUUUACUUGAGGACCAGAUUCGUGACAAAGCCAAAGCACCUUGCAAGUCCAAGUGACAAGCCCCUUUCCACUGAAUGUAGAGCUUUUCUGCCCCACAUGGAGGAUGGAGUCAAGUGGUACAACCAUAAAGGCCAGGUGGAAAGCUAUAUUUUGAAUAGCUGCAUCAAUUGUUCCAAUUUGAUCAGAGACCUACACUUCAUCACAAGACCUCUGAGCCGUGAGGAGGAGGACUACCCUUUAGCUUUCAUUGUGACUGUUCACAAGGAGCUCGAGCUUUUUGUGCGCCUCUUGCGGGCCAUUUACAUGCCGCAAAACGUCUACUGCAUUCACGUGGAUGCCAAGGCUCCAUGGAAGUACAGGGCUGCUGUACAGAAGCUAGUCAGCUGCUUUAAUAACACCUUCCUGUCCAGCCGCAGCGAGACAGUGACGUACGCUGGGUUUUCCCGUCUGCAAGCAGACUUGAACUGCAUGACGGAGCUAGCAAGGUCCAAGGUAGGCUGGAGGAAGGUGGUGAAUCUGUGUGGACAGGAUUUCCCUGUCAAGAGCAACUUGGAACUGGUGCAGUACAUGCAGAUCGAAAGGUGGAGGGAUCGAAACAUGACGCCUGGGAUUAAGCAGCCGGCGUCUAUGAAGCACAGGACUGCGCUCCAGCAUAUUGAAAUCAGGGGGUCACAUGUAGCUUUGAAAGGGUCGGGACUGAAGAAAGGUCCUCCUCCACACAAUCUGCAAGUUUAUUUUGGAACAGCGUACUAUGCUCUUACAAGGGCUUUUGUAGACUUUGUUCUGGAAAGCCCAAUUGCACGCGACCUCUUGGAGUGGUCUAAAGAUACGUACAGUCCAGACGAGCACUACUGGGUGACAGUCAACCACAUAAAAGAGGCUCCAGGCAGCCACAUAGAUGGAGGUUGGGCAGGAGACAUCCGGGCAAUCAAGUGGAGGGAUCAAGAGGGAAGGGUACACAACGGCUGCAAAGGGCAUUACGUUCGAGACAUCUGUAUCUAUGGUGCGAAUGACCUGCCAUGGAUCAUCAAAAGGAACAGCAUGUUUGCAAAUAAGUUUGAGAGUAAUACCUAUCCUGAGGCACUGGACUGCCUGGAGCAGUGGCACAGGAACAAGGUGCUGAAACAGGCAACUGUUCCCAUACAGCAAUCAUGGCUGCUGGCCACACAGGGAAACUGUAACAGCUACUUCAACAGCAGUGCUUGAGCUGGUAUCCUCAGCAAAGUCAGACUACAUGCAGUUCAGAUUAUUUGCAUUCGUUACCUCUGCCCAGCGUAAGCCUGGAGGGGAUCAUGCAUUUGGUCGUGUGUCAUCUGCCGCAGCUAAUCUUGCACACUACUGACUUGACUUAGGCUGUUAUUUUUUGUGCACAUUUAUGACUGUAUGCUCAAGGAGCUUUUGCGGUUGUGGUGAAUCACAAUUUUUGAAUUUCUGUUUUAUACUGCUAUUGACUGCUGACUGCUUUUAAUCGGCAGAUUAAGUAAUAUUUGUUUCUGCUAGGGACAACAUUGGUUGUGGCCACGUUAAUGUUGGCGGAUUCUUUUGUUGGCAUUUUAACUUAAAACAUAUUUACAUCCCUGGUGUUUUGGAGGUUUGUCUCCAUAUAGCCCGUCUACUCUGGUUACACAUCAAUAGUGUAACCUGCGUACAGUCUCCCCUUCAUUUCACUAAUCUCAUGCACACACGGCCUGCCCUGCACUGCCUGUUCCCCCACGACCCCAGAGCAGUAUGAUAUCAUGUUUUUUAUAUAAUAGCACAAUACUUUUCUGUAUCAUGUCUAUGUAUUUUGAGUUUUUUUGCAUGUUACACCUGUAGAGAUGGCGCAUUUUAUGAGUUUUGGACGCGGGGGAAAGGACGAAGUCACCUGACAUUCAUUGUCAUGGUAACAGUAGUCAGGUGACUUGUUUCCAUAUAGUAACAAUAAUAAAACAUGUCGUUAACAUUGUGAAACGGUCGCGUUUGGAUAGGUUUAAUCAUCAGAAGUACUUGGUGAUGUUUAGGAAAAGAAGAGAUGGUUUGGAUUAAAAGAAGAACGUUAGUUAUUUACUUAUGCAAGUUACACUACGUACGCAACGUAAGUUAAAUACGUUACAUACGCUGCCUUUUGGUUUCUCACGGGACACAAACAACGGUCUCCCAGGUGACAGUACUGUGUUUAACACAUCCAUCCACCCUGACUUCGUCCCUACACGGACUUUGUUGCUUUUUAUACUAUGUCUCCUGACUUUUUUUCCCUCUGACAUUCUUACUUAAAAUGACUCUGCACAAUAUAAGGCAAUAAGCCAAUUAAAUGCUGUGAAAUGAAAUGCGAAAAGCAAAAACAGCAUUGUGAUAACAUGUGAAAUGACUUAAGACAUUGCUGUGUUAUUUAUAUGCCAUUUGUUGAUACCAGGCCUGGCAGAGAUCUGCACUGGGUUCACUCUUGUAGAUCACUGGUUGUUGAAUGUCAAAAAUGAAGAAGAAAUUAACUGAGAACAGCAGGAUGAUGCACCGUGAACUUUCAGACUCUGUAGCGCAGUUACUGUUCACAUGUAUUUAUAUAUUUAUGAGACUCUAAGACGACAGAAGGCAUUGUAUACACCAGAGGCUAAAAUAUCUUUAGAGUAAAGAAAAAUAAUUACAUAAACUACUGAAUCUGCAUUUAAUAUUGUUUACUUUAAUAAAAUAUUAUUUUUUAAUA